CCGCCGCCGCCGCCGCCGCCGCGAUGCCGCGGGUGUACAUCGGCCGCCUGAGCUACCAGGCCCGGGAGCGGGACGUGGAGCGCUUCUUCAAGGGCUACGGAAAGAUCCUGGAGGUGGAUCUGAAGAACGGGUAUGGCUUCGUCGAGUUUGAUGACCUGCGUGACGCGGACGACGCCGUGUACGAGCUGAAUGGCAAGGACCUCUGCGGCGAGCGUGUCAUCGUGGAGCAUGCCCGGGGUCCCCGGCGCGACGGCAGCUAUGGCUCGGGACGCAGCGGCUACGGCUACAGGCGCAGCGGGAGAGACAAGUACGGCCCCCCGACGCGCACGGAGUACCGGCUCAUCGUCGAGAACCUGUCGAGCCGCUGCAGCUGGCAGGACUUAAAGGAUUAUAUGCGCCAGGCAGGAGAGGUCACGUACGCAGAUGCACACAAAGGGCGCAAGAAUGAAGGCGUCAUUGAGUUCGUGUCGUAUUCAGACAUGAAGCGCGCGCUGGAGAAGCUGGAUGGGACUGAGGUCAAUGGCAGAAAAAUUCGAUUGGUUGAAGACAGGCCUGGCUCCCGGCGACGCCGCUCCUAUUCCAGAAGUCGGAGCCACUCGAGGUCUCGUUCCCGAAGCCGACAUUCUCGCAAGAGCCGGAGCCGCAGCGGGAGCAGCAAGAGCAGCCGCUCCAAGAGCCGGUCCCGGUCCAGGUCUGGUUCCCGCUCGAGAAGCAAAAGCCGGAGCCGGAGCCGUGGCAAAAAGGAGAAGAGCCGCAGCCGCAGCGCCGAUGGGCCCCGGGGCGAAAACUUAGACAAAGCGCUGGAGAAGAAAGCCCAGAAUAGCCAAGGCGGCGGCCCGGUGGGCAGCCGGAGCCUCAGCCAGGGGAAGAGCCGGAGCCGGAGCCGGAGCAAAGACGGGCCGGAGAAGGGGGACAGGGAGGGCGGCGCCCACGGCCGCAGCCAAGAGGAGAGCGUCAGCAAGGCCCGCAGCCGCAGCCGCAGUGGCAGCAGGGACAAGAGGAAAGGGAGGAAGAGGAGCCGAGAGCGGAGCCGGACCCGGAGCCGGAGCCCCAGCAAGGGGGAGAAGAGCAAGAAGCGCAGCAAGCGGGAUGCCAAGCCAGAUGGCAAGAAGAGAAAGAAGGACGACGUAGGGGCCUCCCGCUCGAGAUCCCGCUCUGGGUCCAAGGACGAGGAGGCGGGGGCAGGGCGCCCCAAGGGUGAGGCCGACAAGGAGGAGAGCAGGGGGGCUGCGGGGGCCUCCGAGCCCGGCCGGGAGCCCCGCUCCACUUCUAAAUCGCAGCCAAACCGGAAAGCAGAGUCUCGCUCCAGGUCAAAAUCGCAGCCUUGCUCGGCCUCCCGCUCACCCUCCCCAUCUCGGUCCAGAUCCCGCUCUCGGUCCUAACUGGGCCACGCCCCUUUCUCCUGCCCACCGGGACUCCAACCCUCCAAUCCCACUCUGAGUCUUUUGUAACGUUUGGUAGUUGUAACCCAAGUGUUUGCAGUAGAGCACAUGUCGAUGCUGUACAGUUUUAACCUCCUGGUGUGUCUGCGACUGGCAGAUUCCAGAGUGUCCUCCUUGCCAGACCCAGAGGAGGAGGGCGAGGCUGGGGGCGGAGGGCGGGGCGGGGGUGCCAGCCUGAGGGUGGCCAGGGCCCCGACUUCCCAGAUGCGGAGACCCGACCCCCGGGGCGCGGUGGGCAGAGUCGGUGGCCGGUCGGUCGGUCGGUUGUCCGUCCGGUGACCGUGGCCAUUUGUGCCCUUGCCGUGUGAAGUUCGCCAUUUAGUGAAAGUGCUGAGUUUUAGGUUUCAUAAAAUUUUUUGUUUCCUCUUUUGGGACUUACAGAAUUGUGAAUAGCACAGUCAAGGAGACUGACCCCUGCUGCAAUCCUUAGGAAAGCCACUGUAGACUUCCAUAUUACGGUCUUGUGAUGAUAUUCUUGUUUUAUAUUAAAAACAAAGGGUUUUUUUUUUUAUUUUAUUUUUCCCCGUCUUGCAAGGUUCAGUGACCCCCGUUUCCAUGAAAUUUGAAUAAAGACUAUUUUUGCUUGACAAAA